CUCAGCCUAUACUGCCCAAGAGCAUUGGUUAUCCGGGGAUAUCGCACGGCUGUGUCUCUGUAUAUUUCUCUCCCUCUCGUUCUGCGGAUUGACACAAUACAGUCACAAAAUAAAUACAAAAGCAAAACAAAAAAAAAACCUUAAAACAUUAAAGUCAAAAGAUGGCGGAGCUGGGAGCGGGGAUCCUGCAUGGGGGGGAUCUCGCUUUCAAUUACCAGGAGCGAGAGCUUAACGAGCGAUUGAAGCGGCUGUACCCGGCCGUGAACGAGGAAGAGACCCCUUUACCCCGGUCCUGGAGCCCCAAGGAUAAAUACAGCUACAUCGGGCUGUCACAGAACAACCUGCGGGUGCAUUACAAAGGUCACGGGAAGAAUCACAAGGAUGCCGCGUCAGUCCGGGCGACUCACCCCAUCCCGGCUGCCUGUGGGAUCUACUACUUCGAGGUGAAGAUUGUCAGCAAGGGCAGAGAUGGGUACAUGGGAAUAGGGCUGUCAGCGCAAGGAGUCAACAUGAACAGACUGCCUGGUUGGGAUAAACAUUCCUAUGGUUACCAUGGAGAUGACGGGCACUCCUUCUGCUCUUCAGGGACUGGCCAGCCAUACGGUCCCACCUUCACUACGGGCGACGUGAUUGGCUGCUGCGUCAACCUCAUUAACAAUACCUGUUUCUACACCAAGAACGGGCACAGUCUAGGUAUAGCAUUCACAGACCUUCCUCCGAACCUGUACCCCACUGUGGGGCUCCAGACGCCAGGCGAGAUUGUGGACGCAAACUUUGGCCAGCAGCCCUUCGUGUUCGACAUCGAGGACUACAUGAGCGAGUGGAGGGCCAAGAUCCAGGGCAUCAUCGAGCGUUUCCCCAUCGCAGAGCGGCUCGGGGAGUGGCAGUCCGUGCUGCAGAAUAUGGUAUCUUCCUACCUGGUGCACCAUGGGUACUGUGCAACAGCCACUUCCUUCGCCAGAGCCACUGAGACCACGAUUCAGGAGGAACAGACUUCAAUAAAAAACAGACAAAGAAUACAGAAGUUAGUAUUAGCAGGCCGAGUUGGAGAAGCCAUUGAAGCAACGCAGCAGCUCUAUCCAGGACUCCUGGAACACAACCCCAAUUUGCUGUUCAUGUUAAAAUGUCGGCAGUUUGUGGAGAUGGUGAAUGGCACGGACAGCGAGGUUCGCUGCUUCACCACUCGCUCCCCCAAAUCCCAGGACAGCUACCCCGGGUCCCCCAGCAUGAGCCCCCGGCACGGAGCCAGCAACCCCCACCUGCACGGGACAGGAGCGGACAGCCCCACCUGCAGCAAUGGAGUGUCGUCGGGGAAAAACAAACAGUCCCACAAUAAAUACCCCGGCCUGAGCUCCUCCUCCUCCUCUUCCUCCUCCUCCUCCCCUUCCUCCGCCAACUACUCCGAGUCCAACUCCACAGACUCCACCAAGUCCCAGCAGCACAGCAGCACCAGCAACCAGGAGACCAGUGACAGUGAGAUGGAGAUUGAGGCAGAGCACUACAGCAAUGGAGUCCUGGAGAACUCCUCCACCAGAAUAAUGAACGGCACCUACAAACACGAAGAGAUUCUGCAGGCCGACGACUCCAGCCUAGGCAAUGGACUUGCAGAGGAGGGCUGCACCCCCAGGCUGCUCUGCGGAGGGAACCAGGCUGCCACAGAGAGAAUGAUCCAGUUUGGCAGAGAGCUGCAGGGCCUGAACGAGCAGCUGUGUAGAGAGUACGGCAAGAACGCGACGCACAAACAGAUGCUGCAGGAUGCGUUUAGCUUGUUAGCCUACUCCGAUCCCUGGAACUGCCCAGUGGGACAGCAGCUUGACCCCAUGCAGAGGGAAUCUGUUUGUGCCACUCUCAAUAGUGCUAUUCUAGAGUCUCAGAACUUGCCAAAGCAGCCCCCGCUGAUGCUCGCCCUGGGCCAGGCCACGGAGUGCCUGCAGCUGAUGGCCCGUGUCCGCUCCGGAUCCUGCUCCUUCGCCAGAGUCGACAGCUUUUUGCACUAGCCAAGGCUGAGGCAAUGUACAGGACAGCUAACAAGAGGACUUGCAAGUGCUGACCGUGCAGUUGGAGUUGGAGGAGAGCAUGAGUUUGGUUUUGUGUGCUGUAUUCCCAUUGGUUGGGACAUUUGGAAGAGAGAGAGAGGGGGAUGGAAAGAAAAGAAAAAGACAUACAAGACGAGGCUUCUUUUUUAAUUUAGUAUUAUCAAAUACAAAAACGUGUGACACUAUUUAAAGAUAAUUCAUUAUUAUUCUGUUUAUCUAGUCAUUUCGAGUUUUUAUUUUGUGUCUUUUUUGUUGUGCUCAUCUUAGACAUUUAGUUCCGAAACAGCCCUGGUUAACAUUUUAACUUCUUAAUACACACACAUACUGUAUUUUUUUAAAAAUUGAAGACGCCAUGGAAUUUAAGACGCAGCCCAAAUUUCCCACCCUCAAUUUGAGGAAAAAAUAAAACAUCAAAUAAAUCUGCAUUUACAAAGAUACAACCUCAAUUACACAUGGAGGAAGUUUGUGGCCGUCUGCUAUCACACAGAGCAUUACAGUGAUGUGCUGCUUCUCGUUUCCUGUCGUGAUUACUCACACCUUCUCCGUUAGUGAACUGUGGUAUUGCUUGGCAUGUCGAAUAAUACAGGGGUCUGAUCAGCAUUUCCGAUCUGUUUACUCGAAUUUAAGACGCAGGAUAUUUGACAAGAAAAAAAAGGUUUAAAAAGUAUGUCUUAAAUUCGAAGGAAUACGGUUUCUGUAUCUGUAAUCUAAGCAUACAUUGUAAUGAAACCCAAGCACAUACUUUUGUUGCUCAGAACUCAGGUAUGUAAUACAUGUCAUUUUAGCAUAGAAUGUGGGAAAGAAAAAUAUUUACUUUUACCAGCAUUGAUUUCUAGACUCCAUGCUUUAGUAUGAUUUUAAUUUUGUUAUAUUUUCUAACCUUGAGAUUGUGGGGGGGAUAACCUCUGUGUGGAGGUUUCUUCAAAUUCUGUUCACUGGUUAAAAGUCAAGCUUGUGUGAAACGUGCAUGCCACAAGCCUGCUUGCUGGAUCAUCUGUUUGUGCAGCGGGGGAGAAGAAGCUAAACUACAGAGGUUUCUGAUGAAGUCCCCUGGCCAACUUGGAUCUUAUUUGAACUUGUUAAAAUCUGUGAAAUCACUUUCGAUUAGGCUUAGUAUUCAGUGCUGCUCAGGACAGUAGCGUGUACGCUGUAGGUAUUUCAACACCGUCUGCAGCACAGUACGUGGUGGUCCACGUGGUUGGUGGAUAAUCUAUUGCAAAUCAUGUAACUGAGUGAUUUUGUUAUCAGUAAUGAUAAUUACAUUCCAAGAAUAGACGCUUACGAGGGGUUAUUUUUACAACCCAGAACAUGUCCCGAUCUGGCAGAGAAUGCCAUAGCAUUGUGAGGGGAGGGGGCCCUGUGCCAUCUCAUAGAGGCAGGCUGUAAAUACCCAUUAGACUGUGCAGAAACAUCAGCUUUGAUAGAACCCAGGUCCUGGUCAACCACCUACAACCCCCGACCACUGCUGCAUAACAGGCACAGGGCCUCUUUGGAGAUGUAAGGGCUCGCUGCCACCUGUAUACUUUCCUUCACUGGCCCUCUUUUGGGUAGCAGCAUGUCUGUAGGAAGGCCUCUCUUGUAUAAAUAGUCUCACUUCCUCUCCCCUCCUCCCCAAGCAUGGGGACAGUGUCCCUUUUGGAAAGCAAACUCAAAGGACAGCCCUGUCUUAGCGUGCCUGCCUCCCACCAAUGCUAGCACAAGGGCAGCAUUCGAAAACGUUCACUUACCGUACCUCACCAUGUGUAGAAUGUGUCUGAAAGUAUUGUGAACGCGGUCCGCUCGUGUCAAUGCAUUUGUUACGUGUUCAUGAUGUUUCACACCGAACGGUCUGGAAUGUGAUGACUGAACUGGACAUCUUCUCUCCCCCCCCCCCUUACUCUUACUGAUUUCAGCGGGACAAUGCCACCCCCAGGAUCAGGCCAAGCAAUGGGGCUAAGGGGAGCAUGAAGCUGCUUCAGACCCACUUCUCCCACAGAAUGUUGAUAACCAUUUAUGAUGGCUGGUGUCAGUGUUAAAAAGGGGAGCUGUGCAAAAAUGACUCUUACUGUUUUCUUCUUCAGCAUUUCUCGUUUGUACCCCCCCCCCCAAAAAAUACUUGAUGUAAAAAUGUCUAACAUGUCUUUUAAUUUAGGGUAAUUCAGAACCUAAAAGGUAACACUGCCUGUUUUAUUAUGUGGUUAUAUACAGAGUUCACUAACAGUGACACGCUUUUAAUCAUUUGUGUUCUUGGUAUUUAAAAGGUUGCCGUGUCUGAGAAGUGCAUUUUAAUGUCCUCGUUAACCGAGUAAUGACCCGUGAUUCUGAUUGUUCGGGGAAAAGUAUUAUUUCAGUUUAUUAUGUAACCCUAACCUUGUUCUUCUUUUUAUUCUGAGUUCUCACUGGGAGAAACUCGUCUAAUUAGUUCCUCUUAUUCCUGUUUGCCUGGUCAGUAUAGGCUCCAGAUGUCGAUAGAAUGCAGAUUGUGUUGCACUGAACACUGUCCAGGGGAUUGGAAGUGGGGGUAGCAGGUGCAGCAGUGCCCAUGGCUGUGUACAGAGCCAGUGCCCCUCUUUUUAUUGAGUACAGUUGCAUCCGUUUGGGUUCUGAGUACCCCACAGACUAACACCAAGAACUGUGAUAUCUUAAUCCUGAUCUCUAUCGGUCCGAACUCAAAUUCUGCAAUUUCGCGUUUGUCUUUGAUCUGAAUUUGUCUGGAUAAAAUUAAAAUAACGCGCACCCCAAAGGAAUUCUCCAAAGGGCUGAAGGAUUGGAUUGGAACGAUGAAUCAUUAAAGCAAGCUGUGCACAAUGUUUUAUUUUUUAUUGAUUUGUUUUUUUGAUCUUAGUAUUUGUGAAAUAAGUUACCCUCUACUAGCAUGAACCUUUGAAAAAUCUUUAAAAAAAAUAAUAAAAAAAUCAAAUACCUAUGUACUAGAAAUAUGGUAAAGAAAAAAAUAUUGUAUUCUGUUGUAUUUUGACAGAAUUAUUUUUAUUAAAAUACACAUCCAUGUGCAAA